AUGUGCACUAGAUCAGCAACUAAAGUAGAGUCCGGCACAAAUAUUAGAGAGUCGUUGAUCGAGUUGGAGAAAUACAUAAACGGAGCACUCGCCAAGUGUCAUCAACAACUUCCUGGUGUAAAUACACGUUGCUCUGAUUCAUCCAAACGAAUCAUUUCAAUUUGCCCACAACAACCCUCUUGUUGCGGAUCGAGUGUUACGCAGACUCCUUGCUGCUCAAGUUCAUGUGAACAAACCACAUCUACUUGUUCGCAAGACACAUUCUACUCUGAUUUCAAAGCGUGUUUGGAAACGUUACUGAAAUAUCUAGACAGUGGACUCGCCAAAUCCAGUCAAUCAUGUGCCGAAGUGACUUCAUGCUGCUCUGAUCCAUGCAAAUCAACGGCAUCAUCCUGCCAACAAACACAAACUCGCAACAAAAGGAAUGCAGCCCAGAAUACCUCCUGCUCCAAUUCAUGUCAACAAACCAAAACAACUUGUUCAAAAGACGCAUCCAACUCUGAUUUCAAAGAAUGCUUGGAGAAGAGCAGUCAAAGAAUGUGCACUAGAUCAGCAACUAAAGUAGAGUCCGGCACAAAUAUUAGAGAGUCGUUGAUCGAGUUGGAGAAAUACAUAAACGGAGCACUCGCCAAGUGUAAUCAACAACAUCCUGGUGUAAGUACAUGUUGCUCUGAUUCAUCCGAACGAACCAUUUCAAUUUGUCCACAAGAACCCUCUUGUUGCGGAUCGAGUGUUGCACAGUCUCCUUGCUCCUCUGAUCAAUGUGAACAAAGCACAUCAACUGGUGUAAAUACAAGUUGCUCUGAUUCAUCCAAACGAAUCAUUUCAAUUUGUCCACAACAACCCUCUUGUUGCGAUUCGAGUGUUACGCAGACUCCUUGCUCCUCCAGUCAAUGUGAACAAACCACAUCAACUUGUUCGCAAAACGCAUCCAACUCUGAUUUCAAAGAAUGCUCGGAGAAGUUACUGAAAUAUCAAGACAGUGGACUCGCCAAAUCCAGUCAAACAUGCGCCGAAGUGACUUCAUGCUGCUCUGAUCCAUGCAAAUCAACGGCAUCAUCCUGCCAACAAACACAAACUCGCAACAAAAGGAAUGCAGCCCAGAAUACCUCCUGCUCCAAUUCAUGUCAACAAACCAAAACAACUUGUUCAAAAGACGCAUCCAACUCUGAUUUCAAAGAAUGCUUGGAAAAGUUGCUAAAAAAUGUUAACAAUGAAAUUGCCAAGUAUCCCCAAACUUGUGUUGAGGCGACUCCAUCCUGCGGCAAUCAACAAGUCAAACAAACAAAUUCAUGCUCUAAUCAAUCGAAGUCUUCAGUUAGAACUUCAAGCAACAGAUGCAAUUACAGUGGACUCGCCAAAUCCAGUCAAUCAUGUGCCGAAGUGACUUCAUGCUGCUCUGAUCCAUGCAAAUCAACGGCAUCAUCCUGCCAACAAACACAAACUCGCAACAAAAGGAAUGCAGCCCAGAAUACCUCCUGCUCCAAUUCAUGUCAACAAACCAAAACAACUUGUUCACAAGACGCAUCCAACUCUGGUUACAAAGAAUGCUUGGAAAAGUUGCUAAAAUAUCUAAAUAAUGAAAUUGGCCAGUACCCUCAAACUUGUGUUGGGACG